GCCGCCCCCCCUCCCUCUUGCCCCCCCUCUCCAAGACAUCUCUGCUUGUUUUCCCUCCCCUCUGACCCCCUCAGGGUCGAUCAUUGGCGCUUCCCUUAGCACGACAGGGCUAAGAUUGAGGUUUCCCCUCCAUCGGGCUCGCCCGUGAUCUUAUAAAUGCUAAUUCCUACCUCCUGCCCUACCUUGCAGAAGAAACCAUGCAGCGGUUCGUCCUUGCGAGUCCAGCUGCAGUCUCUUCCAACCGGGAUCAUCCAAGGAUCGCCAGACAGAAGACAGCGCGACUGACUUUAAUUUUUUCUCGAUUCUUGUUCUGACCUAAACAUUGCAUGGGACUGCAUUACUGUCUACAGGGUAUAUUGCCAUCGUCGUUUCAAGCCAUUCAAUUUAAUAUUAUAAUCUCUGCAUACCACCAAGCUGGAAUCCUACGCGAGUCCACCCCUCUCGCCGUCCAACUGGGCCUUCACCAUUGAUCCCUGGUGUGGCAUGGAUGGCGAUAAUCACCGACGCAGGAAGCACCAGUACGAUCGUCAUGGCCCUCCAGUAUCGUCAUCUGCUGCUGCUGCUGCUGCUGCUUCAACAUCCGGUGCCACAGAUCGGUUGAGAGCCCAAUCCACACGUGGUGGGAACCACGGUGCCUCGCGGAGAAAUCCCCGAGUCGCCUCCUCCUUCGCCGGCUAUGGAUACACAGACCAGGCAUCCUUCGCCGACCCUUCGUUCCAAGCCGGUUCCUUGCAGCCGGACGGUUUCCAGCCCUUCUCACCCGCGCAGACGCCGCAGCGCCAGCGCCAGCGCCAGCAUCACUUCACCUAUGACCCUCAGGCCGUGUAUCAGCUAGACCACCACCAACACCAUCAUCAGCAAGGUCACGCCCAGCAACAGGGGCCAUACGGCCUGCUGCCACCGUAUCAGGAACGGCAGUCUGCAGCGAUUGAUGUCAUGUCAAGUCAAUUUGCCGUUCCACAGUAUUUCUCGCCGACGACGGGGGUUGCGGCGGCGGCGGGAGUCGUGCCGCCAUACCUGCCAGCCUCUACUACUACCCCUUAUCAUCAGUCUCAACAACAGCAGCAGCAGCAGCAGCAGCAACAACGGCAACGCAAUUCCAUCUCCAUCGGCCGGGCCUCGCCUGCAACGCAGCCGUUCCCCGUCCCCAUGGCAGAUUUCACUUCGGUGAGUUCGACCGGACAGCCGCAGCACCAACAGCAGCAGCAGCAGGUGCCAGAGCCCGCGAAUCUGGACGAGGUGUUCGCACGGUUCCAGCGCGCCCUGCAGAGCACAUUGGAUGACACGCGUGCCGGCAGGCUCAUCGAGGCUAGCCGGUCGCUGCUGGAAAUCUCCGAAUGGUUGGUCACGAAUGCGCAGGAGCUUGGGAUCUUGCGUGACGAUCAACUGCUCCACUCCGAUCGUCUGCGACUCUGGAAUGAUUUCAACAUCUGUUGGCUAGCCCUCGGGCAAAGGCAGAAGGAAAUGACUCAGAGUCUGUUUGAAACAGGCUGCGCCCCGUCCGCAGCUGGUCUUUUGGAUAGUGUCAGCCUGGAGAACAUGGGCAAGGACCUGAUCCGCCUUUGUGACCAACUCGAGCAGCACGGGCUCGUCGACUAUCAAAUGGGUGUCUGGGAAGAGGAGAUCCUUUGUGUGCUCGAGCAAUGUCUAGAUUUGAUGGAGACCAGACCUGACCUACUGCGUCCUCAAGCGGUGCAGGGAACAGUGACCACCACCGCAGCCUCGAGGUCGUGAUAGGAGAAAGGAGAAGAAGGAGAAAGAAAAAAGAAAAAAAAAAUACUCCACUCUUCUUCUGGGCAGGAAGUCGACGAUUACGGGAUCUUCUCGGAGUGAGGCGUAGGGCUUCGGCCGAUAGGCUCUCGUUGAUGUCCCAUCUACAUGUGACGCUG